UCUCGAGUCUCCUCAUGCCCAUCGUGCUAAGUAAUCCCCCCAAAAAAUAAAUAAUUGAGGAAAGUGAAGAAAAAUAAGGGAAAUGACUAUUCAACUCUUAAUAAUUCUCUUGUUUUGAUACGAUAUCGUAGCAGCGCUUGCCGUAGCCUACAAGCUUGCAUGGCAUAGGAGUUCCGUCUUUAAAUACCUUGACGCCACUAUAACACGCGCUUCGAGAAGCUCCUCCAUUGUUCUAAAUAACAACCUGACUCUCAAGGACAUAGACAUAUCAAAAACAUGACCGCGUCAUCGAAUACCAAUCUCCCACCCGGACUCUCGUCAUCACCUCCUCCCGUCCCCAACGUCCUUGUCUCUUUCCCUGCACAACACAUCCUCCUCGUCACCCUCAAUCGCUCCAAGCAGCUCAACGCCAUCCCCCGACCACAACAUCUCGCACUCGACGAGCUCUGGACGUGGUAUGAUGAGGAACCGUCUCUCCGCUGCGCCGUCAUCACAGGCACGGGCCGCGCCUUUUGCGCGGGCCAGGAUUUGAAGGAGUGGAAUGAGAAUAACAAGGCGGCGAAUACUGAUGUCCCGCCGCGUAAUGAGAAACCGAGCAGCCGGAUGCCGUCCGGCGGAUUCGGCGGGCUUAGUAAUCGCGGGGGCAAGAAGCCUGUCAUAGCGGCCGUCAACGGCAUAUGCUUUGGAGGUGGAAUGGAGAUGGCUAUCAACUGUGACAUGGUCAUCGCGACGGAGAAGGCCACGUUCGGUCUGCCGGAGGUGACGAUAGGCGUUAUCGCGCUGGCUGGGGCGCUGCCUCGUCUCAUGCGCUCGGUCGGUCGUCAGCGCGCCUCUGAGAUGGCGCUUGGUGGGAAGAGUUAUUCGGCUGCGGAGAUGCUGAGCUGGGGCCUCGUUAACGAGGUCACGAAGGACGGGGAGGAUGUCGUUGCUGCUGCGCUGAAGUGGGCGGGUAGGAUCGCGGGCAACAGCCCUGAUUCCGUCAUUGUCUCGCGAGAGGGGCUGAAGAUGGGUUGGGAGAGCGUUGGACCGCAGCAGGGGACUGAUAUCAUCAACCAGGGUUGGUAUGCUAGGAUCGAAAAGGGCGAGAAUUACGUCGAGGGUGUUAAGAGCUUUAAUGAGAGACGAAAGCCGGCUUGGAAGAAUAGCAAGUUGUAGGGAGAUGGUAUGGGAUAACUGAUGUCUUAUUUAGCCUUUUCCCUCUGAGCAUACUAAUGUCUUCUCACUUUGAGCAUUCCUCUGACUAUACUAUCUAGUAAAGAUGCAAACACGCUUUGAUAUUCUUUAUUGUGUAUAUAGGACAUUCAUGAUGCUCAUGUUUCUGAUGUGGGCGUGAUUGUGUUCAUGAAGAAUACGAUCAGUCAUGUAUAAUUUUCACCACUAAGCAUUCCUUUUCGGAAUAUGGUAAAAACGACUUGUAUCAAUAACGCAUCUCACGUAAUUCCAGAGCACAAGUCAAAAGACUAGACGUGAAAGGGUCUUGCUAAGUAUAAUCGAUUUCUCUCAAUUGCUCUUCAUCUCAUAUCCGUUAGUUUGUACUAGUAGCCACAACACUUCGUUUCAUAGCAACGGCCGCCUUGCCAUCGCGGAGAAAUUGGC